CCACAGAGUAAACUGUUAGUAACUGGAUGCGAUGCAGGCAGUAAGUCCAGAUCCUAUGGUGCCGGAGCUCACCCCAGAAGAAACUGGCAUUUCUGCAGGCCUCAAGAGCAGCCCCGUAGACGUUGGGACUAUUGAGAAAUUUGCCAACAAUAUGGCUGACAACAUAAUACAGUCGCUUCUAGGCCAAACGGAAAUGGUUGAACCUGAGGUGGACUGGCGGUUUUCCAGUUUCAAUCAAGACCCGGAGACGUUAGCUGAAGAGUUAGCCUCAGUGGUGAUUGAGGCUGCUCUGAGGGAAGCGUGUAGAAGCCAAAACAUAGAGGAUCAUGUAGAAGGUUUCCAGAAUUCAAGACCAACUGGGGUGAAGACGGAUGGUGGACAGGCUUCUUCGGAUGAAUCUGGAAGAGAAAAGGACGUUUCGGACGUGGAACUCCAGGCGUCCAGAGACACCCAGCCCUGUCAUCCACCUCUGUCUCAGUCGGGACUCCCCAUCGUUGGAUCUCUCGACUACCCCGACGCCCCUCCUACCACUCCGCUUCUACCCGAGCUCGAGAGGAGCAGACACAGUUUCGCCCGUAAGCUGAAAGGAGGCCUUGCAAAGGAGUUCCUGCCGUCCCCUCCUCCGCCCACCCCGAAGGACCAAGAGGACGACUCAGGCGUUGCCAACGACGACCCCCAGGUGGAGUUAAUGGAGCAUCUGAUGCACUCACUGUCUAUAAAUAAUAUCUCAAGAGAGUAUUUUGAAGGAGGACCUCAACUUGGAACCGUGAUGGAGACUUUUGCAGAGUCUCUCUCCUAUGACAUCAUAGACCGGGCCUUGCGUGCCAAAAGCAGAGAGCAAAAAGCAGACGGUAGCGAUCUUCAUCUAUUUGCCCACCAGCUGGCUGAAACCAUCAUCACAUCUUCCAUCGAUGAAGCUAAAAUGCUUGUCUAGUUCUUUAAUGUUAUUAAUAGGAUCAUAUUUGUGAUGACUGGCAUGUAGACAGUCAGAUAAAUACAGAAAAGAAUAAAAAUAUUGAUAUCCACCCACACCUGUCACUGGCUGACAUUUACAUUGACGUGUGGUUUACUGCAAUAAUAUUGUUUCAUAAUCUGAAAUGGAAUAUUUUUUGACUGAAUUUAUUUCUCGCUGAAAUUCAGUGAAAGCCUAUCUUGACAAAAAGUUUAUUUUAUUAGGAAAAACUGACCACAGUUCCAACAAAGAGAUGCUUGACACGCAGUUAAAACAAACUUUGGCACAUUUUAUGACAUGUUUAUCCUGGGAGCUGUAUAUUUAAGAUACUGGACGAUGAACCAGAGGUAAUGGUUUUAUUCCAAGACGAAUGUAAGAGCGCAUUGCCAAGCAGAUUCGUGCAAUUGUAAAUGCAGUUUUGAUUGAGAUCCAACAGCAAUAACCGCACAUGUCCUUUAGAUGGCAGCACAGGAGCAAUGUUCCCUGAGUGUUUUCAGCAUGAGGUCACCCAUGUGAUGAAAUGACAACAAUUGGUGCCAAUUAAGUUUUCUAUUUUGGGGAAAAAAUGUUAUUUAUUCUAUAAAAAUAAUGCUAUAUUGGUCCUGCUGAUUAUGUGUUUAUUUUGCUUCAGGUCUUCUUAAGAAUGUAAUACAGCUAAAUGUAAUACUGUACCAUAUAC